AUGGGUACAGAUAUGACUGUCCCAUUGGAUGGCUUGAACCACAGUUGUCUGGACCUGGAGCAGUGUUCUCUUAAGGUAUUGGAGCCUGAAGGAAGCCCAAGCCUGUGUUUGCUGAAACUAAUGGGUGAAAAGGGUUGUACAGUCACAGAACUGAGCGACUUCUUGCAGGCUAUGGAACACACUGAGGUUCUUCAGCUUCUCAGCCCCCCAGGAAUAAAGAUCACUAUAAACCCAGAAUCAAAGGCAGUGUUGGCUGGACAGUUUGUGAAACUAUGUUGCCGAGCAACUGGACAUCCUUUUGUACAAUAUCAGUGGUUCAAAAUGAAUAAAGAGAUUCCAUAUGGAAAUGCAUCAGAACUUAUUUUUAAUGCAGUGAGUGUAAAGGAUGCAGGCUUUUAUGUCUGUCGUGUUAAUAAUAACUCUACAUUUGAGUUCAGCCAGUGGUCACAGCUAGAAGUUUGUGAAGUGGCAGAAGUAACAGAAAUCUUCCAAAAAAAUGGGGAUGACAUCUCUGAAUCCAAGUUGCAAAUUUGUGUUGAACCGAAGUCCCAGAAGCUCAUGCCAGGAACCACACUGGUUUUACAGUGUGUUGCUAUUGGAUGCCCUAUUCCUCACUACCAGUGGUUCAAAAAUGAAUCACCACUAACACAAGAGACAAAAAAGGUAUACAUGGUGCCUUAUGUGGAUUUGGAACAUCAAGGAACUUACUGGUGUCAUGUAUAUAAUGAUCGAGAUAGUCAAGACAGUGUAAAGGUAGAAAUCAUCAUAGGAAGAACAGAUGAGGCAGUGGAGUGCACUGAAG